AACGCUAACCUGCCUCUGGCGGGGUUGGUGGUGUUCGAACAGGACUUCUGGCGCAAAGCUGCUCUUAUCAAUAACAAAACUCAGCUGAAUAGUGGCUGGAUACACUUUCAUCCUGACCCACAGCUGUGUGUGUGUCCAGACCCUGUUUAUGUUCAUGGGUACCAUCUGCUAGGGGUGGAUGUGAGAGAGAAGCCCCAAGUGGAAGAGUCUCUAAGUGGGGCUGAUUUGAGUUCCCCUACCCUGCUAUUGGCUAAAGUGGUGCUCACCUACAUGGAGACACAGUGUGAGAAUGGAGUGGAAUGUCCUCCCCUGGCUGUGAGGCCCAUGGUUGGGGAGAUGUGUGUGGAGGGUCUGGGGAUGGCCUCUAUGCCCCUGGGUCCUGGGCUGGUGCUGCUCAGUGGGGGCUCAGGCUUGGCGGGUAGAGAGGAUACUACAGCCAGGGUCCUCAUCAGAGCCAAGGGUGGCUGGAGAUGUGCCUGUGUGAAAUCAUCCAAUGACUGGGGUGUCAUGCUGUAUCACACAGUAACAUCUGUGCCUGGGCGGGGAGCUGUGGUGUUUGGUGGCCGCUCCUCUCCACUCAACAUAAUCAGAACCCUUCCUCAGAGUGACCUAUGACAAUGUAACCCGCCUGACCCUGUUGCCCCUGAUGGCCAGAAAAUGACGUGUAGUGGCAACCCGCCUCAACCAAGAUGGAGGCACACUCUGACCAUGGGCCAGAACUUCCUGUUUGUGUUUGGAGGAUGGAAGGAGGCUGAGGCAGAACUUGAUGCCCACUUCCUGUGUCUUGAUGACCAGUGUUGGACUGAGAUUCCUAUAGAGGGUGAGCCUCGCUUCUCCCAUUCAGCCUGUCCAUAUGAAGGAGGGGCAGUGAUCUAUGGAGUGAUCUGUGGAGGGUUGGUUAGAGAAAAUGUUCCACUGGGGGAUACAGUCUUACUGAGGCCCACCACCACAGGCUUCUGCUGGGAGAGACUACACCUCCAACCCCCUCUAGUGCCCAGAUAUUCCCACAGUGUCCAUGGGAUUGGUGAUUGGCUGAUGUUGGUGGGAGGGGUUUGGCUGCAGGACGAGGUCGUGCCAGGGGUUGCUGUUACAGAUCUGACCAAAAGGGGCAGUUCUGCUGUACCCUGGCCUCUCAUGCUGCACUCCUUCUGCUCGACUCUCCUGGGCGACUCUGACCAGUCAACAACGAUGGCUCUGAUUGGUGGUGAAGGAAACUGCUUCUCUGUUGUGACUCAUCACAACCCUCACCCCAUCACUGUAUACCUGAAACCUGUUCUGUAA